AUGUCGACAUUGAAAAAGCAGAGGCUUAAAUAUACCUCGAAUGAUUUAAAAGCUGCAAUAGCCAGUAACUUUGAUUCAGUAGCAGCCGGAAAAAUGUACAAUAUUCCCUCGAGCACCAUUAGACUUCAUCGUGAACAACCAUUAUUAGGAUAUAAAUCUACAGGAGGAGCUUAUCUAUUGUCGAAUGAAGAAGCUCAUUUGGUAUCGUCUCUACAACUGUUACCGGAGUAUGGAUUCGAAUGUACAACAGAAUUAAUAUUAAAUUUCGCACAUGAUUAUAUGAAAUCAUUGGAUCAUACUUUAACACCUGGACGAAAGUGGUUUAAUUAUUUUACAGAAAGAAAUUGA